GGGCAGUCAUAGGAGACUCUGAAAAAGCAAAUAAAUCAAUGUUAAAUCAGAAAUGUGAAUGUAGUAAGGGGGUGAAGAGACAGGGGAAGAGAAUACAUGGGAAAAUAUUGUAAAGGACAGAGUAAUCAAAAAGAGCAGAGACAUGGGAACAUUGGGCAGCACACUGGGAGCCAUUUCGUUUUAUGCUCUUAUUGUAUGAUUGAGAAAAAAAUGCCCAUAGUGGUUAAGUGGCUUUUCAGUGCUGUGUCAGACUUGUUCCAUAGCAGUUGAAUUAGGGGAAGGUGAAUAAGUUGGAGGUUGGUGACAAGGAGAGAAGCUGGAACAGAGAAGAGAGUCAGAACCAGAGGGAAAUGAGAGACUGAGCAGGCAUCUCAGGGUUUUUGAAGGAGUGGAUUUUCUUUGUUGCAGUCAGGGGAGGUUUGCCUGUUGGUUGCAGAAAGAAGUCAGAAUAGAGAUAUAGUGGGGUAGGUUUGUUUGGAACAGAAAUCAAAGACCAAUUUUUCUGAGAGAAGGAAAUAACAUCUGCAAAUGACAUGCUGUUUUUGCUACUUCCAUUGUUAGCUGUUGUCCCAGGUGAUGGCAAUGCAGACGGGCUUGAGGAGCCUGUCUCCUUCCAUGUCAUCCACAUCGCAUCCUUUUACAACCAUUCCUGGAAACGAUGUCUGUCCUCAGGUUGGCUGAGUGAUUUGCAGACUCAUGCCUGGGACAGAAAUUCCAGCACCAUCAUUUUCCUGUGGCCCUGGUCCAGGGGAAACUUCAGCAAUGGGGAGUGGAAGGAACUGGAAAUGUUAUUCCGUAUACGCACCAUUCAGUUAUUUGAGGGAAUUCCUAGACACGCCCAUGAAUUGCAGUUUGAAUAUCCUUUUGAGAUACAGGUGACAGGAGGCUGCAAGCUGCACUCUGGAAAGGUCUCAGGAAGCUUCUUACGGUUAGCUUAUCAAGGAUCAGAUUUCGUGAGAUUCCAGAACAAUUCAUGGUUGCCAUAUCCAGCGGCUGGGAAUAGGGCCAAGCAUUUCUGCAAAGUGGCCAAUCAGAAUCAGCAUGAAAAUGACAUAACACACAGUCUCCUCAGUGACACCUGCCCACGUUUCAUCUUGGGUCUUCUUGAUGCAGGAAAGGCAUAUCUCCAGCGGCAAGUGAAGCCUGAGGCCUGGCUGUCCGGUGGCCCCAGUCCUGGUCCUGGCCAUCUGCAGCUUGUGUGCCAUGUCUCAGGAUUCUACCCAAAGCCCGUGUGGGUGAUGUGGACGCGGGGUGAGCAGGAGCAGCAGGGCACUCAGCGAGGGGACAUUCUGCCCAGUGCUGAUGGGACAUGGUAUCUCCGAGCAACCCUGGAGGUGGCCGCUGGGGAGGCAGCUGGCCUGUCCUGUCGGGUGAAGCACAGCAGUCUAGAGGGCCAGGACAUCGUCCUCUACUGGGAACAUCACAGUUCCGUGGGCUUGAUCAUCUUGGCGGUGAUAGUGCCUUUACUUCUUCUGACAGGUCUUGCGCUUUGGUUCAGGAAAUGCUGUUUCUGUUAAGACACACCAUGAGCCUCCUCGUCACCCUUCUCCUUUUAGGGUGAGAGACCAGCAGCCCAAGGGCUCAGGACACACCUGAACACAUCAUGGUGAUGACGUCCUCUCAACUCUCCUUAAAAUAAAACUUUUGUUAUUUUUGCUUGUUUCCGAUUAAUGAUCGUUUGUCAAUAUAAGCUCAAUUUAAUUUUGCAAGAUUUGUUGUUCUGACCUGUGUUCUGGGACUCUAAAAUUCAAAUUUUAUCUCCAAAUGGAAUGGGGUCCUAGCAACCUCCACAUGUUCAACUAUUAAUGGAUCAUCAGGCCUGUUUUACAUAUCCCUUACUCCAGAGGGCCUUCCCUGACUCACAAGUGGGAGGCAGUCUCUCGCCGGUCUGAACUCCUGCCGCAUUUUAGCCGUACUUUGCUAACUGUGCUCCUCACUUCCUCUCCUUCGUUGCAGUUAUUUAGGUCCCCCCUUUCUUUCUAAUUUUUCAGCUCCUUCAAUGCAAAGUACAUGUAUUUUUAAUAUAUGCAUCUCUGGUGAAGGAUCUUGCCUGCAUGAAACAUGUUCUCAAUAAAACUCUGUGUUGAAUGUAUGCCAAA